GCGGGCUGCAGCCCCGCGCCGCCUCCUGCAGGCCCUCCGGGAUUGCCGGCCUCAGUCUUUCCCUCCGGAGGGAGCAGACCCACCGACCCAACGACCGGGACGGAAGGAGGGAAGGAGGCCCAGGCCCCAGCCCUCCACCAGGCCGGGGGACCAAGGACCAACAGCUUAACCAACAAGAAAGUAAUAUGAGGGAGGCAGCGGACUCUUCGCUCCCACCUGGAACAGUGCUGGGUUAGAAAUCGUCCCUUCAGAGAGAAUGCUGGGAAUCUGCAGAGGGAGACGGAAAUUCCUGGCUGCCUCUCUGACUCUUCUCUUUAUCCCCGCCAUCACCUGGAUUUACCUGUUUGCUGGGAGCUUUGAAGAUGGAAAGCCAGUGUCCCUGUCCCCGAUGGAGUCCCAACCCAACAGCCCGCGUUACACAGCUUCCAGCCAGAAGGAGCGCGAGAACCUGGAAGUGCGGGUGCGGGAAGUGGAGGAGGAGAACAGGGCCCUGCGCAGGCAGCUCAGCCUGGCGCAGCAUGGCGGUCCGACCCAUCGCCGUGGCAACCACUCCAAGACCUACUCGAUGGAGGAGGGGACCGGGGACAGCGAGAACCUGCGGGCUGGCAUCGUAGCCGGGAACAGUUCCGAGUGUGGGCAGCAGCCAGCGGUGGAGAAGUGUGAGACGAUCCACGUCGCCAUCGUCUGCGCCGGCUACAAUGCCAGUCGGGAUGUCGUCACCCUGGUCAAGUCAGUCUUGUUUCAUAGACGGAACCCUCUUCACUUCCAUCUCAUCGCAGAUGCAAUUGCCAAGCAGAUCCUGGCAACCCUGUUCCAGACCUGGAUGGUUCCGGCUGUGCGAGUUGACUUUUACGAUGCCGAUGAGCUCAAGUCUGAAGUAUCCUGGAUCCCCAACAAGCACUACUCUGGAAUAUAUGGCCUGAUGAAGCUGGUUCUGACCAAGACCCUCCCCACCAACCUGGAGCGGGUCAUCGUCUUAGACACAGAUAUCACCUUCGCCACUGACAUAGCAGAGCUGUGGGCGGUGUUUCACAAAUUCAAAGGCCAGCAGGUUCUGGGUUUGGUGGAGAAUCAAAGCGACUGGUACCUAGGGAAUCUCUGGAAGAACCACCGGCCCUGGCCAGCCCUUGGGAGAGGCUACAAUACAGGCGUGAUCUUGUUGCUUCUGGAUAAACUGCGGAAAAUGAAGUGGGAACAGAUGUGGAGGCUGACAGCGGAGAGAGAGCUGAUGAGCAUGCUCUCCACAUCAUUAGCUGACCAGGAUAUCUUCAAUGCGGUCAUCAAGCAGAACCCCUUCCUCGUUUAUCAGCUCCCCUGCUUCUGGAACGUGCAACUCUCUGACCACACCCGGUCCGAGCAGUGCUACAGGGAUGUGUCCGAUCUAAAGGUGAUCCACUGGAACUCCCCAAAGAAGCUGCGGGUGAAGAACAAGCAUGUGGAGUUCUUCCGCAACCUAUACCUGACUUUCCUGGAGUACGACGGGAACCUCCUGAGGCGCGAGCUGUUCGGCUGCCCCAGCGAGGCCGACGUCAACAGUGAAAACCUCCAGAAGCAGCUGUCGGAACUGGAUGAGGAUGACCUCUGCUAUGAAUUUCGGCGGGAGCGUUUCACCGUCCACCGCACCCACUUGUACUUCCUGCACUAUGAGUACGAGCCCGCCUCGGACAACACCGACGUCACCCUUGUUGCCCAGCUGUCCAUGGACAGGCUCCAGAUGCUGGAGGCCAUCUGCAAGCACUGGGAGGGACCCAUCAGCCUGGCCCUCUACCUGUCGGACGCCGAGGCUCAGCAGUUUCUCCGCUAUGCCCAGGGCUCGGAGGUCCUCAUGAGCCGCCACAAUGUGGGCUACCACAUUGUGUACAAGGAGGGCCAGUUCUACCCCGUCAACCUCCUGCGCAACGUGGCGAUGAAGCACAUCAGCACGCCCUACAUGUUCCUGUCCGACAUUGACUUCUUGCCUAUGUAUGGGCUCUAUGAGUACCUCAGGAAGUCUGUCAUCCAACUGGACCUCGCCACCACUAAGAAGGCUCUGAUCGUCCCAGCCUUUGAGACCCUUCGCUACCGCCUGUCCUUCCCCAAGUCAAAAGCGGAGCUGCUGUCAAUGCUGGACAUGGGGACGCUCUUUACUUUCAGGCAGGACUCCAUCGGUCUCUCCCCCCUACCCACCCGUACGAUACCAACUGUCCCUGUCUUCAGGUAUCACGUCUGGACAAAAGGCCACGCACCCACCAACUUCGCCAAGUGGCGAACCGCCACCACCCCAUACCGGGUGGAGUGGGAAGCCGACUUCGAGCCGUACGUCGUGGUGAGGCAGGACUGCCCCGAAUAUGACAGGAGGUUUGUGGGAUUCGGCUGGAACAAGGUGGCUCACAUCAUGGAGCUGGACGCACAGGAGUACGAGUUCACUGUGCUACCCAACGCCUACAUGAUCCACAUGCCUCACGCCCCCAGCUUCGAUAUCACCAAGUUCCGCUCCAACAAGCAAUACCGCAUCUGUCUGAAGACCCUGAAGGAGGAGUUUCAACAGGAUAUGUCCCGCCGCUACGGCUUCGCCGCCCUGAAGUAUCUCACGGCCGAGAACAACAGCUAGCACAAUGGAGACGAGAGACACCGGGGAAUGAGACACUAUAGGGAAGACCCACUUGUCGCCUGGGGCCCAGUUGUGAACUCAGAACUGAGAGGCACAUUUCAUUUGGGUUUAUUAGGUUAUAUUCAGAGCCGGCCCUUGGAACCACAGAGGCCGCCUCUUCCCACUUCCAGCUGCAGCGCGUAUGGGACACAGACCCGAAGUCCUCCCACACGGCCCAAAACGGGAUUGGGAGAAGUGGCGGAGAUGGGGGGGAAGGGAAGGGGCGAUGGUCAUUUCCUUUCCACAGGAACACCCAGCAGAGGCAGGUCUUUGGAAUGAAAGGUUUCACGUGGCUCUUUAAUAACCAAGCUUCAUCUGGAGAAAAGGAAGUCUGAGGGUCGCCUUCCUGUGAAUAAGAACCUCGCUUCUCCAAAAGGGAACAAUUCCUUUUGCUCUAGCAAUCCAGGGAGAUCUCCGUGUGGCGGGCAAGCCAAAGGUCUGAUUUAGCCAUUUGUCUACCUGGAAAGUGAAGGGGCAAGUGCUAUGUCCUGCAAGUGGCAAAGCCCAUCAGUGAAGUGAGGAACCGUCUUUACUUGAAUACAGUGUGGGAUGGAUUCUUGAUCUCCCAUAGGUCUUUUCCACUUCUCUCACACACUGAUCGGCCCUCUCCCUUCCCUGUGGAUAGAAAAGACGGCCAGAUAUACAGAUAUGUGUCUAUUGACGUGUAAGAGUGCACAUAAUAGGAAGGAAAAUGGAACUGCCCUUGGCUUAUACCAGUAGUUAGCUUGGGUUGGCUAUUUACCUGCUCGGGGUCUUUAUAGUCUUUGAGUCCAGAAAAAGAAAACUCACCCAAGUUUCUUAAAGGAAGUGGCUUCCUUGAACCUUCUCCUUCAGUUUUCCUGUUCCAGGACAGGAGAAGAUUGAAGCCGCCAUCUAAAUCUCAAAGGGCCCAGUCAGGAAGCGCCCAAGGCAUGCCUUCACUCAUGUCUCUCAGAGCAGAUGGUUGUGAUGGGGUCCCCUUUUCUACCGAGGGGAAGGGUUCCUCGCCAAAGACAGAGGAGCCCUGUCAGGGUUUCAGCGAAUGAUGUGGGUCGAAUCUAUCCAAAUGACCUCAGGACCGGGUCUGGCUGCUGUCAAGCUCCCAAGCUGCCAGCCCUCAGAGUUCACUCAUCCAAUAGCGGACUACCCAGGUGGGCUCCAGUGCGAGAAACGAUCUCCUCGCCGGAUGGGAGUUCAAAGGAAGAAAACUUGUGCGUAUAUUGAGCGUCUAAGUUCUCGCCAACAUGGGAAGGGACAGUUCACAGCCUUGCUGUGCCUAGGGAUAUGCCAAGAGGACACACGGUGGGGGAUCUGAAAGCAGAUCAUGAGACACUGGACUUUUUACCACUUUCUUUAUUCUUCUCUAUUAAUGUUGUGUUUACAUUGAUGCGAACGAGAUUUAAUGCACUACCCCUCACUGGGCUGUUUGUAUCAAGUUGCAGAGUGACCGGAGAGAGGAGACUCGAAUAAACAACAGAUCAGACUGUUCCUUCA